AUGGCCAUGCCGUCCGACGGAAUCAAGCCGCAGACUCAAGUGUGUGUAUCCGAAGCUACUUUGAACAGCUACAGUGCACACUGGGAGCCUGAGCUUUCGGAACUGCCACUCGCGUCUGUCUGUUUCUUUUCGGUGGAUGGCCUGAGCUGCCUGAUCGCUCAGAUGCUGACCCCGAUGACUUCUUCCAUCCCGCUCGAACACACCAGAUCUUUCCCAUCAUCACCCUCCAAGCGCACUAGACCAUUGGCUGCGUUCGAACCUCUCUCCCUCAGCCAGAUCGCAAUCCGUCCCUUCCGGACUGCACCCUCGCUCAUCUCGCCGCCGGAAAGUUUUCUCCUGCCCGACAGCCCGUCACAACCAGCCUCUGAGCAACAUCUAGCCCGGUCCAAUCUCCCAGAACCGCAAGGAUACAUACUCAUCGUCUCCGACCCUCUUUCAUCCGCCCUCCGGCGCCCAAGCCUCUCCGCCGCUGGGCAUAGGCUAUGCCCGUUGCCUUGGAAUCUCCGUCCCUUCCGAACACCAACCAUCGCAUUUUCGCUCUUGUUGUUGGACAAGCUGAAAGAAACAAGUCCAGCCCAGCCCGACAGUCCCCCAGUUACAGGGGCCGAUCAAACCGCUGCGGCCUUCUCCCCUCUCCUCCGCACACGUCACAACCACUCUUAUCUGAAGACUUUCCCUAGGAACUCAGCCCCAUAA